GCGUAGAAUUAAAGCGUAAAAGCGUAAGUUUUUGACGCAUGCCCUAAAAUAACUAAAAAUAUGUUAAGUACGACAUAUACAAUGUAAAAUAUGAGUGCACGGAAUUUAGUAAUAAGUACCUGCAAUUCAUGCCUAAAGCAGAGCAACUUAUAGCCUCUUAAUAAUAAGUUCAUAAACAUAAAUCUUAAGAAUAAUCCACCUUCCCCUUUAUACUAAUGAAUUUGGGAAGAGCCUAGUUGGUGAAAUUGAUUACUCUAUUGAAGCUGAGAAUGCAUCCAAGUACCUGGUAUGUAUCUUUCAAUCUCAAAUGUAUCAUAUUGUUGGUAAUUUACCAUUAAAGUAUACUUUUUAUAAUUAAUAUCAUGAAAAGAAUACCCAUUUAGUGAAUUAAAAGCAUAAAAGCGUAAAGCGUAUUAGUGAACUAGAAACGUAAAAGCGUAAGUUUUUAAGCUUUAAAACGUAAUUUAGUCCGAUUUUGUACACUAAAGUUUUUAUGUGGAAACGAAAGCGUUUUGUUGACCUAGAAGCGUAAAACCGUAAGUUUUUAAGUUUUAAAGCGCGAUUUUAACUGCAUUGGUUGACAUGAGCCACCCGUACUUGAUAGAGCUAAGAAGGUGGCCAAUAUUUGAAAAGGAAGUGAGGUUCUUGGGAACAGUCUUGGAUUGGACCCCACUGGAAACUCGACUUCACUCAAUUUCAAGGCCUUCACUAUGGAGAUAUCAUGAGAGAGUUUGUAGUGCACUCACAAUGGCGCCAGCUUCUCCAGUUGGAAGACGACAUCUACACGGAGCUGUGUGUAGAGUUCUUUAGCACAUUCUGCAUCCUGAGGGAAACGAACCUGCUGGGGUAACCGACUUGCUCCGUUUGUUUUUGCUUGGGAGGUGUGCCUCGAAGACUGUCUUUUAACUAGUUUACUGAUGCAAUUGGAUUCCCCGAGAGGUCAGAAGCAGAGUGGGAGGCGGAUGCCCUCAAAUAUUUCGACGCACAAUCCGCUUUCAAGAAUUUUUGCCUCCCGGAAAUGUGCCAAACCCAAUUUGUUCCAUCCUGCACUUCGGCAUCUACGCUCAAGCCGCAAUGGCAUGUCAUCAACACACUCCUUGCUCAUUUUCUUAACCUAAGCUACAUGUGCGCGAAAGAUCAAAGUGAGAGCAUUGCUAGCAUUCACCUCCAUGGGGGACCCAUCCAAUCAACUUCACCUUGGCUCGGUUCUGGCAACCUCAUUCAGUAGGGCCAUUAGUGGCAGUCGAUGCUACAUCACAUCAAUGGGCCCCUUCAUCACCCACUUGGCUCGACACUUCAAUGUCAACCUCGAGUGUUGCAAAAAGGAAGGGCGCUCCACGGGAUUUGGAAGGACACCUUAAGAGCCAUGAAGUUGCUUCGAGUCUUCGGACCAUUUCGCUUUAUUGAGGGACUCUCCCUCCCACCAAGAGUUCCUCCCCUAGAGCAGCCACCCACCAGAGCUCCCGGCCCCCGCCGGUGUACCACACCACCACCAUCAUCAGUUGCAUCAUCAUCAUCCGGGGUCGGACACUCUACCUUUGUACCCCACCUCGAGGAACGAGUGGAUCUCCUCGAGGCACAUUAUGUGGGAGUCACUACUCGGCUUGACCAAACCACCGAUCUCAUAGAAAGGAUGACUCGACGUUAGGGCGUCCUUUCGGACGUCGAGGAGUGAUCUUGCCCAAGACGAGGUAGCCGUCGUAGGAGACAUGUGGCAGAGCCGAUUUCUUUCGCCCCACUUCUCCACUUUCAAACUCUAAACUCUUUUUAUUUUUAUAUCCUUAAUUAGUGUGUGAACUAGUACUUUGUGAGUUCUUUAUUUUGAAUCAUAUUGUGAAACUUUGUUAUGUGUAAUAACCUCGCCUAGAGCGAGAAUGUACGCGUGUUUGUGUUUUGUUUUGUUUUUCCUUUGAAGCACAAACAUCUUACCCCAAAUAAUUAUCCAACUUUCAUUCACCAAGCCAUGCGGUAACAUCGUUCUACCCCUUAUUUUACGCCAUUGAGGGCAAUGUCGAGCUUAAGUGUGAGGGGUAGUUUAUUAUUAUGCUUGUGUGUGUGAUUGAAUGCUUGGAGCCUUGAUGGAUGCCCAAACUUGAAAAUUUUGAGGGCUCCAAGCAAUGCACGAUCAAAAUGGUCGGUUGGUGGGUGAAUCUCGUGCUUAUUUGGCAUCGAUCUUGAAUUGUUGCAUGAAAUCGAGUGCAUCCUAUUAUGAUGACUGAAAAUGCAUUAGGGUUGUGCAAAAGCUUAGUUCACAUGUGUGCUUAAAUGAAUGGAUGUCUUGACU